AUGAGGCCUACCGACUUGCUUAGGGUUCUGAACAAGCAGUUUCUUGGAAUCGCCGGCGACACUGCAAAUGCUGUUGCUAAGAAGCUGACAUCGCCUCCUCCUAUUGUGUCCCGCAAACCAGCAUUUAUAGACGCAUUUCUGUACAAGAUGAAAAAGAAUCCAGAACUUCUGAAGAACAAAAGCAUUUGGUCACGGAGAUCCACUAUCUUGCCAGAAUUUGUUGAUUCCCAGGUCAAGAUUUACAAUGGGAAAACCAUGAUUCGUUGUAAGAUCACCGAGGGAAAAGUCGGUCAUAAGUUUGGUGAGUUUGCUCUCACCAGGAAACGCAAAUCUAGAGACCAACCUAAUGCCAAAGUGAAACAACUCAAGAAAAAGAAGUGA